GCACCUCUUCACCUUCUUCCUCUCCUCACUUUCUCUCCUCUCUUCUUCUUAACCUUUCUCUCUGCAAAUAAAAGCAGAAACCAAGAAUGUGCGACUCAGACUUUCUCUCUCGCUGUUCCUCUUACGAAGCAGACUUUGACUCUGACUCAGACAUCUCCACCUCCAGCUCAUGCUCCACGUACAGUGAAUCCGAGGAAGAGAUCAGUUAUGAGGUUGUAACAAAGAAGUUGGAGAAUAAGAAGAAGAAGAAGAGUAAUGUGUUGCUUGAAGGUUACGUUGUAGAUACUGUGGUGAAUGAUGAUUUGAAGAGGACCAAGAGUUUAACAGACGAUGAUCUCGAGGAGCUUAAAGGUUGUGUAGAUCUUGGUUUCGGGUUCAACUACGAGGAGAUUCCUGAGCUUUGUAAUACGUUACCAGCUCUUGAGCUUUGUUACUCUAUGAGUCAGAAGUUCAUAGAUCAUGAUACUUCUUCGCCUGAGAAGAAAUCUCCAAUGAUGCUUGAAUCUCAAGUUAGUCCAAUAGCUAGCUGGAAGAUCUCUAGUCCUGGGGACAAUCCUGAUGAUGUCAAAGCAAGGUUGAGAUUCUGGGCACAAGCUGUAGCAUGCACUGUGAGACUAUGCACUUGA